AUGACCCCUAAGUUAUACAAAGAAGAGGAGGCAUUGAUUGCAAAAGCCCUUAGCGCGCGCGAACACGAAAAAAAACCGAAUUUUAGCAAAUUGGCGCGUGAAUAUGGGGUGUCUCGUAAAAAACUGUCCCGACGGUGGCAUGGCCUACCCUCUCGCUCAACACGCCCACCAACCAACCGCCUAUUGUCUUUGGAUCAAGAAAAAGCGCUUUUUCUAUGGCUUGAGUAUCUAGAUCACAUGGGUACGCCUCCAACGAACCAGCAAAUUGAGGAAAGUGCGAAUUAUUUGCUUGCCAAAGAUUUCACUGGUCCGGGAGAGCCCCCCCGGGCUGGAAAAAUAUGGGUAUACGAUUUUGUCGGUCGCUUGCCAGAAAAAUACGUGAGAAUUGUUCAAAAGCCUCAAGAAAAGGAACGUACCGCUUCAGAGCAUUACGGCGAGGUUGAGCAAUGGUUUAUUGACCUCAAAUUCAUGAUAAAACAUCUCAAAAUUCAACCUCGGAAUCUUUGGAAGUUCGACGAGACCGAAUUCAUUGUCGGACAAGGAAAAGAUGAAGCGGUAGUAACAGCGUUCCCAAAAACGUCAAAAAGAGUCUCUAGCCUGUCCUCCCGAGAAUCAAUUACUGUCGUUGAGGGUGUAAGCGCCGAAGGAAAGAUUAUACCACCUUUGUUGAUUCCAAAAGGCAAGGUUCAUUUGGAGGAAUGGUAUCGGCAUUUUUUUCCUCCUCAUUCCACGCAUUUUUUACAACCGCUCGAUGGGGUGCCGUUUCAGCAAUAUAAACACGUUCAUGGGAGGGUUGUGAACAAAGUUGCGCGCUUAGGUGGCUUCGAUUUUGACAAAAACGACUUUUUUGAAGAAUUACGCGAUAUUCGGAUAAAAACUUUUACAACGAGGACGAUUCGCAACGGUUGGAGAGAGCGAGGCAUUUGGCCAUUGAAUCCUCAGCUUAUACUCGAUAAAAUGUCUUCACCAGAAGAAGAAUUUGAAGCAAUGCUUGCUGAGGGGGAUACACUAAAAAUUUAUGGCGAGGCGGAUGACACUAUUCCCAGCUCACCAACUACAAAAUCAAUCUCUCCACCGUCAACCGUCAUAAAACUACGUCGUUAUAUCAAUAAGAUUGAGAAGUUGAUUGACAGUAUAAAGGAUAUUUUGGACGGAGCAAGCCUGGGCCUUUCAAAACGUAUAAAAACGGUGAAUCAAGGAAGCCUCACUUUAGCCGAAUUGGGCGAUCUACACCGUGAGAGCUUUGCCAAGGUUCGUGAGACUGCAAAACGCAAGAAUCAAAAAUCUACAAGGCGCCAUGUCAAAGCGAGCGGUGCACUUUAUGUAAAAGAUGCAAAUCGCCUCAUAAAACGCCGUCACGAUGCCAGAGAAGACGACCUAAAACUAGAAUUAAGAUUUUUGCCGCCAGUAUGGCUAAUAUUGACAAGGUACUUGCUCCAAAAGUGA